AGUGAUCAGAUUUUGGACUUUUGAAGUAUCAGAAGUCCCAAACUACAACUCAGCAAAAAAAAAGCAACAUCCAAAACAAAGAUCUGGUUUGGCAUCAGUUUGAUGACUCUUGUUUGUCAACGAAUUUCCAACAACAAAGCUUCUCUCAGUCUACAACAAUGGCGGUCGACGGAGUUCCACCUAUCAUCGCUGCUCAGCUAAACCACCUUCUCUCUCAUUCUCCCUUCUCUAUCAAGGUUGAUCAAAUGUGGCCUGGCUCCAAGAAAAACGCUUGGAAUGAUCGGUUUACCUUGCUCAUUCCCUUCUGCCUCGAUUUUAUCAAAUGGGAUAUUAUAUACAAUGUGGAGAGUCCGUUGGCUCCGCCGGACGUUAUAUUCGGGGCAGAAGAUGAUAAGUUUCUCCCCUUUGUUUUAUCAUGUGAUCCUAGCAAAUCACCUAUGCAUAAUUUAAGCAAUUGGAAUAGCAAGGACCCUUCUAGAUUAUUGUCUCUCAUUCUUCAACUCAGGGAAUUAUAUUCAGCUUAUCAAUGGAAGCGUGUUGGAGGUGUUGAUGAUGAUCGGGUGAAGUUUGAAAUUAGCACUAUGUUGUCCAGGGAGGGAAUUGAGAUGUCUUUGAGUUCUGGAGUUGAAAAGCCAGAGGAGGUUAAAUUUGCAGUACCAUUGCUUGACACUAGCAUAAAUAAUAUGGUCCCUGCUUGCCCAUGGAGACAACUGCAAAAGAUUUAUCUUCAGGUAAUAUAUCCAAUUGGUAGAAAGUAUCAAUCUGCUCCUUCAGCUCCACGUUUGAAAUUGGUAUCAACUUUAGAGCUGAAGUCUCUGUUCUCUGUUGAAGAUAUCAAACUUCCGACUUGGUUAAAUGGAAUGUGCAUGGCUGAGUAUCUUCCUGCUUUAGAAGAGACUUUGCAGAUGCAGAUCCUGGAGGCAGUUUCUCUUAUUGGAGUCAGGAGGCACUUUAUUGAGACAUUAUCAACCGUCUUUGGAAGGCCUUUAGAAGCUGAUCCAAUAUUUUGCAGAGAGGCAACAUUUCUUGUUGCUAAUGGAGUAUUUACAUUUUUGGUGCAUAUUUUUAUACCCAUCCACUUCCCCAAGCAAAAACCAACUUUGAUCCUUCAAAGCUCACAGCAUUUCAACACACAAGGGGUCCCAGUCAGGUCACCCGUUAUGUCUGAGUACCCAUGGAGUCCUAGAUGGGAACUUUCAGAAAUGGCUUCGCGGAUAUUCGAUUUCGUGGUAGAAGAGUCUUCCAAUUUCAAGAAGAUUUGCAAUGAUGCUCUUCAACGUUAAGCCUUAAUCCGUUGCCUGAGCCAUAGAGUUUUUCAGAAAUUGAAGAUGGGUUUGCAUCAGAUCAAAAUUUAAGGAAAGGGAAAGACAUGAAGAGAUGUCAUCUGACUCAUUUCUCUUUUGCAAUUUUGCGACAAGAAGAGCUUGGGUCGUGACCAAAGAGUGAGAAUGAUAAGAUGUCAAGAAGCAAGAAAGAGAGGGGACAAAGUAGAAAAGAUAUUGAGAUGAGAGAAGAUGCGAGGGAGAUUCUGAUGAAAAGGAAGCGAGCAUAAGGUGUCAGUCAUGCUCAAAAGUCUCAAAAGUUAUAUUCAUCCGGGAGGGUAUUUUUUUUCUUCAUGUUGAUGAUUAUUUUGCUCGUUUAAUCAUCAAAUGAGCAACAAAUAACCUUGGGCAGGGUGUAAGAAUUUUCACAAAGUCCGGGAUGAAAAAAGAAAAUGGAAAUCUUGUCCUUUUUUUGGCUAGUAAGCGUAAAAUGUGCUGUCACAUUUUUCAAUUAAAAAAGUUCUUACAAACGAGAAAAUUGAAUUUUUUUUUUGGUCUUGUAGGGGGAAACGAAAAAUUAAAGAGAAAUUUUACUUUAAAAUAUAGUUUGUAGUUGUAAUUUUUUACCACUAUAAAGUGUUGGGCCAUGAUUUUGAGAACACUCGACAAUCGGGUUGUUUGAUUCGGAUUGUUUUGGGCUGCCUUUGGGUUUGAGGUGGGUUAGGUUGGGUCAACUUGGGUUUCGUGUAUGUUCCUGUUAAUUGACAAUUGGGUCGGGCUUCGGGUUUAUAGUUGGGGUAAAAUUUAGAUUAGGUCAUUUUAGAUUGGGUAGAGAUUUCGGGUCAAAUCCGAAUUAAGUCAUUUUUGGUUAGAUUCAUUUAUGGUGAGUCGUGUUUUUGGUCAAGACUUUGGACCAAAUUCGAAUCAGGUCAUUUGGGUCGGGUCAAC